UGUGUCCGUCCGUCGUCUUCGAGUGUGCUGGGUCGUUCCCCCGUGCAUGCUCUAAAGACCUGGACUCAAGUGGCAUUAGGCUUGCGAAUGGUCCAUGGCCGUAUCUGAGGAUAAUGACCUGGCAUCCGCUGUCUUCCACUUCGACGUCUGUCGCUAUGUUAGUCUGGCUGGACUCGUGAUUCUGCUUUACGAUCAUCUGUUGACACUCGACGACGAAAUUCGAUAUGUCUGGAAGACGCAGUGGACCGUACCCAAGUGCCUCUUUCUCCUGAACAGAUAUACAGUACCGACGGCCAUGAUUCUUCACACAUGGCAACUGAUGGGGCUGGCAAACCCACCACCAACAAACACGGUCUGCAAAGUCUGGCUCCCUUUGGCCCUCUAUCUGGGAAUACUUUCGAUAGCGAAUGGAGGCUUCAUUGUCUUACUGCGCCUCUGGGUUCUCUGGAAUCGUCGGACUCGGCUCGUAGUGUGGACUCUCCUGUUCUUUAUCGCCACCCAGAUUGCCUCUGUCGCGGUCGUGUCAUGGGUUGUUGUCCAGAUGCUUCCUACUAUAACUUACAGUCCGGUCGUCCGCUCGUGUAUUUUAUCCGAACGCGUCAGUCUACAAGGUCUUUUUCUGCCUGGGGUUAUAUUUGAGGUGAUGGUAUUUGGUACCACUUGCUACAACGCGCUGGAUAAGCCUAGAGAACGUAAUCGACCUCUUGCACAACAACUCUAUAAAGACGGGCUCGUCUACUUCGUGGUUUUGACCAGCUUACGACUUGCAAACUUCAUGAUCUCCAUCCUUGCCCCUCUCUCUCUAAUCUUCCUUGGCGUCUUCUUCGUCUGGUGUGCCACAAACGUCACCGUCAGCCGUCUGGUCCUCAAUAUACGUAGAGAAGCCUACAGACAUCGUCUCACCGAAGAAGACCUCGCUGAAGCUCCGGGAGAAGGAGAAGAAGAAGAAGAAGAAGAAGAGAGGCCCCAGAACGCUGUGGUCGUUGAGCAGCAUACAACUGGGAAUUAUGGCUAUCUCGUUGACGUGACAGAGUACUACGAGCUGCGUAUGCACGCACCAGGUCUGAAUCCUCGAGGGGCGUGAUUAUGACCGUGGGUUGUACUAUAUAUGCAGUGUAACUGGAUCUGUUGGUUUUUAGGAUAUAUACGCAUGCAAAUUUGUUGGGUUUACUCCACUCACGG